UAUCCAACGCCGUGGCCGGCGAUAGUUUCGAUUCACCGUACCGUUAUCAUUCACUUCCCUAGCCAGCCAAACCUCUCACAACUCAGUUAGCUCACGAUCACGGAUUUGACCUCCAAAGCAAAAUCGAAGAAUCGCUUGUUCACAAUCUCCCAGCUAUCAGCCUGAGAGAUAGAACGCAUCGAUUGCAACUUGAAAGCAUGGAUCCUAAGCUAUCGAAAGUCCUGAACGAAUUGCGCAUCCCGGAGGGAGAGCACAGCAAACUGGUCCUCGCUGGCAUUACCAACUACGAGACCUUGAAAGCAAAGCAGUAUCAAUUGGAUCGACAGCAACUUGCCCUAGUGGAUUCUGCAGCUCAAAACAUUGUUGCUGCCGCUCUCGUUUACUUGGACACCCUCGAGUGCGAUGGAAACCCCUUAACUCUCUUCAAGAAGACAGAUUGGAUACGUUUUGCGGUAACUGUCGGAGCAGAGUUGUCCGAAGCCGAGGGUCCAAGUCACACCAGAGGCGGCGGAGGGGACAGCGGCUCUGGAGCUCGUGCCCUUGGAAUCGUUUUGGAUUCAGACAAGCCAGCCGAGACCAAGGACACAGCUGGAGAUGUCGUUAUGGGCGACGCCAUGGAAGUUGACGAGGCCCUUGCUGAUGAGGCCCGCCAGGCAAACAUUGGUAGCGUGCGAGUUGCCCGCGGUCCCCGUGAAAAAGGCGACGUGCUGCUGGAAGAUGACGAGGACGGCAAGAACGAUGAUGAAGAUGCCGGAGAAGACGCUGGAGCGAUGGGCAAGUUCGACCUCAUGGACCAAGGUUUCAACCCAAAAGAAGCUUCCUUGUUUGAUAUCGCCCCCGAGAAGGAGGCGUCCAAUGAAAAAGGCAGCCAACUUGACUUUGUUGACUUUGGAGGCCGCCGUUUCCACAAAGGAAAAUGCUACUACUACAAAGACCCGGACAGCGAGGAAGGCAUCAAGAACAUCGUGGGGAUCAAAUCAUUCCGAACUGUCAAGGAAGCCAACUGUGUUGGGAUCGUGCACACCUCCAAGACCUUUCUUGGUCAAGAAGAAAGCGGCGAUUUUGCCAAGAAAUUUGCCCAAGCAGUAAGCAAGCACUACUCCACCGAAUUUGUUCAAGUGCGUGGGACCAAGCGGGUCCCUUUGUCUGAGUUGGUUCAGGUAUGCCUGGAACCAAGUGACAUUCCCCGGCUCAUCUAUGAGCCGCGCACAAAUGGCAAUACUCAGUCGUUGGGAUAUGUCCGCGACAAUGAUGGUCGAAACCUUGUUCGCGUUCCUCGGAAGCAGAUUCGACUCGUUGAAGGAUUCUCAGGCGCUGGAGGGAUGCACCUUGGAUAUGAGGCUGAGGGAUACGCAACAGCCAUGGCGAUUGAAUACAAUCCAGUUGCAGUCAAGACUUUCCGUCACAACAACCCUGGAGUCGCAGUCUACAAUGGCGACAUUCGCGAGUUUAUUCGCAAGGUGCGAGAGGAGCCUGAGUAUCGUCGAAAGGAACUCCGUGAGAAGGAGCUGGGUCCAAUCGAUGUCAUUCACACAUCAAGUCCAUGCCAGGGCUUUUCUCGCGCCAAUCGCUAUGGUGGGGUGAACGAUGAUGCGAACAACAAACUCUCCUUCACCUACCCUGAGCUCUUGGAGCUUCUCGACGCCAAGGUUGGAGUCUUUGAGAAUGUGGAGGGCAUGUGGUCUGUCAAGGGAAUGCCGUAUCUCCGAGAAAUCCUCAUUCGUUGCAUUGAUCUCGGGUAUCAAGUUCGUUUCAAGAUUCUUCGCUCGUGUGACUAUGGGGAUCCUCAGAAGCGGCCUCGGUUGAUUAUCAUUGCUGCCAAGAACUACGUCCAAAUGCCGGACCAUCCAUCGCCGACACACGGGCCACGUAAAAAGCCCUAUGUAUACCCCAAGGAUGUGAUGGAAUACCUUCGUACUCCUGCUGGAAAGCAGUACCCCAACUCGGCCUUGACGUCUAGUCGUACGGAAGUGUCUCCCGAGUGUGAACGUCUUCAAGAGAAGCGUUUUGCACCUGCCAUGAAGGCGUCUGGUUGUGCCGUGCUUCACUAUGAAGAAAAGCGUUGCAUCACUGUUCGAGAAGCAGCGGCCUUGCAAUCCUUUCCAUAUGACUACGAGUUUUUGGGUUCUGCGACGGACCAGCAACGUCAGGUGGGCAAUGCUGUUCCUGUAGAGUUGUCACGAGCCAUUGCUCGAUCGGUUCGCGAGAGUCUUCGAUUGCAGUACGUGGAAGAGUUUGAGACGAAUUCUUCCUCUACCAGUACUGCCACCGUUCCCGAGGAUACUGCCAUGGAAGAAGAGCAAGGCAAGGGAGAAGAAAAGGUUGCUGAACACAACCAAGCAGAGCCCAUUCUAGAAGAGUCCAAGGAGGAAAGCCUUGGAGAUGCCGCUGAUGAUACUCGUGGUACAAGUAGCGCCGAGAUGGCUCCGUUGGAAGAAGAGUCGGAUGCAGCUGCUGUGGGGCGCCAACACCCAGCAGACCCUUUUAUGGUUCGCAACAUUGGAGAAUGCAAGGAAGAGUGUUUUGACGAUGUUGAAGACAAUAUGGAGGAUGAUUCGGCUGUGGAAACCAAUGGCAUCCAAGAAGGCAAGACGGCUUGUGUUUGAGCGGAGCGACUUGGUGGAUCAAAAGGAUGUUGUUGGCGAUUGUCUGUAUGGUACCACCGUAGCAAAGCAACAACAACUCGCCUCCAAUCUGAGACUAUUGCACCAAUAUUGUCAUGCCAGUCCAAUGAUAACUUGAGUACUAGUAUAGCAGAACGAUACUAUUCCCAUAGCUGGUUCUUGGUUCCUUGGAAUGCGCCCUCUCCU